AUGUGUGCGUGUGUGUGUGUGUGUGUGUGUCGGCGGCGCUGCUUGGUCUGCUGCUGUCUGCCUGCUUGCCUGCUGCACAAUCCAACAUGGAGUAACCAGAGAUGGGGCUCGUACGGGGCCACUCUCAGCAACAUCCACCAACAUUCUUAACCGAAGAAUCUGCGGGCAGUUCAAAAAGCGCCUCAGAACUUUAAUUCAGGAAAAUACCUUUGGAGAUAUUGAACGGCGGGAUAGCCUACUCCUUCGCCGUGUGCCUUCGUUGUUCAAGAGCAACUGGUUUGCUUCCAUAGGAGAAAACUAGUAGGAGACAGAGCGAGCUAGCGAAGGGGAGAGGGGGGAAAGCAAAAGCAUCAAGGCGAAGACGGAGAGAAAGAACAAAACAAACACCUAAGGGCUCGAUAAAAUCAUACACCGGGAGUAUUGUUUGAAAGUGGCAAGAACAUGACGAGCAAAAUGCGAGCACCCAUUGUGGGAUUGUUUUGGAGGUGAAACGAGAAAAAUGAUUGAAGAAACACACCCAAACGAUGACAGCUACAUCGUGCGCGUCAAAGCGGUGGUCAUGACGAGGGAUGACUCGAGCGGGGGCUGGCUGGCCCAGGAGGGGGGGCUCAGCAGGGUGGGCGUCUGCAAGGUGCUGCCCCCCGAGCUGACCGGCGGACGCCCAAACUUCCUCAUCCACGGAGAGCGGCUCAAGGACAAACAGGUGAUUCUGGAGUGCUUCGUGAGGAAGGACCUGAUCUACACGCGAGCCACGCCCACCUUCCACCACUGGAGGGUGGACAACCGGCGCUGCGGCCUGAGCUUCCAGAGCCCGGCCGACGCCAGGGCCUUCGACCGGGGAGUGCGCAAAGCUCAGGAGGACCUGACGGAAGGCUCUACCACUUCCUCCUCCACACUCCAAAACGAGGCUGAGUUGGGUGACGAUGACGUAUUCACGAACAAUACGGACAGCUCGUCCAACUCCUCUCAGAGGAAGGAGGUGAGUGUGACUGUGAGCGUGCAGCCGCUGCCGCCCCCCUCCUCUUCCUCCACCUCCUUCUACGAGGCCCCCCAGCGCCACCACUGCAUCCUGGGACACCUCCACCACCACCACCACCCCCACCACCACCACCCUCACCACCACCACGACUCCUACCACCGCUCACCGGACCUCUUCCUGGAGCAGACGGUGAGCAAGUUCCCGCGGCCGCGCGUCAGCUUCCAGGACGAGGAGGAGGACAUUGUGCGCAUCAACCCGCGCGAGCGCAGCUGGAUGACGGGCUACGAGGACUACCGGCACGCGGCCGUGCGCGACCGCUUCAUCCAGCCCGACGAGCUGGACUCCUACGUGCACUUUGCCAAGAGCGAGCCGUCCAAGCACGACUACAGCUACCCGUACACGCCCGGCUCGGAGCUGGGCUCGGGGCGCCACGGUGGGGGAGGAGGAGGAGGAGGGGACCUGAAGGGGGACAGCGGAGGGGGACUUCUGGGCGGCUCGGUGGUGUCCACGCAGCCCAAGGGCCGCAAGGACGGCGGCGGCGAGCGCUCGCGCUGCCAGUACUGCCGCGACAUGUUCAGUCACGCGGAGAACCGGCGGGGCCGCUGCCACGACGCGCCCGACCCUGUGCGCACCUGCAUCCGGCGGGUCAGCUUCAUGUGGUGCGCCGACUCCCUGCUCUACCACUGCAUGUCCGACCCGGAGGGCGACUACUCGGACCCGUGCUCGUGCGACACGGGCGAGGAGCGCUUCUGCCUGCGCUGGACGGCGCUGCUGGGCCUGUCGCUGGUGGCGCCCUGCCUCUGCUGCUACCCGCCGCUCCACGCCUGCCACCGCUGCGGCAUGGGCUGCGGCUGCUGCGGCGGCAAACACAAGGCCACCGUGUGACAAGUGACACUUACGGAACCCGAUCGGCCGCGCCGCAUCCGCAUCCGCAACCGCGUGGCGUUGCAGAGGGACGCAAAGCAAGCAGAUAACUGAGAACAAGAGAGAGGAAGAGAGAAUGAGUGACUGGUUGGUCAGGACUUGCUGCAAGACAAAGUGUUCUCUUAAAUUUCCUUUUUUUUAAAAACAUAAUUAAUCUCUCUCCCUCUCUUUCUCUCAGUCUGUCUUGCCUGUCUGUCUCUCUCUCUGGGUUGCCAGGCAGACUUAUUAAUGAACACAGUGCAGUUAACUUUCUAUUUUUUUUUAAAUACACAUAAAAUAUAUAUAUAUAGAUCUAUAUAUAUGAGAAUAUAUGUGUUUCCUCAUUGUCCUGCGCAUUAAGGAGGUUUCCCUCCAUUUCCUCAUGAAACAAAAUGGCUCUUGAUUUAUACCUUCCUUUUCACUCCUCCUUACCUAUACCCAACCCUACACACACACACACACACACACACACACACACACACACACACACACACACACACACACACACACACACACACACACACACACACACACACACACACACACACACACACACACACAGACCUCCCAUUGUCUAUGUGUCUGUGUCUGUGUGUGUGUGUGCGCGCGUACGUGUUUCUCUGUCAUGCAUAACACAUGCAGGUACUAUACUUUUUAACACUGAUUCUCGGUUCAAGAACUUGAAUUGCUUGUUCUCGUCAUGUUUGUUCUGUUGUAUAGUAUGCUUGAUGCCUGGUAUGUGACCUCUUCCCUUUCUGUUUUUUUUGUUGUUUCUUUUAAAAAUAACUCUUAGUUUGCUGUGUGCUGCAGCAGCUCAUGUACUGGUUUAUUCUUCUUACUUGAGGAUUCCAGCACGACAAACACCCCCUACCACCCACCCUCACCAAACCCCUAUUACACUAGAGAGGAACUGCCAUGUGGUUACUCAAAAAAACCAACUAAAAAAACACCUCCCAAACUCGACUCAGCUAGAACAAUAAGCCUGGCCUGAACAGCGCUUGAGACACUAAACCUGUAGUAUCAUACAGUGGAAAAUGAGAGUGGACACGGGUGAUGAGAAGAGAGAGAGAAAGAGUGUGCGCGUGAAUGUGUGUGUGUGUGUGUGUGUGUGUGUGUGUGUGUGUGUGUGUGUGUGUGUGUGUGUGUGUGUGCGUGUGCGUGUGCGUGUGCGUGUGCGUGCGUGUGUGCAUGUGCGUGCAUGUGCGUGUGUGGCCGCACUUGCGUGUGUGUGAAAGACAGUUGAGGUUGUGUGUCCCUUUUUGGGGGGGUUGUUUGUAAAGGAAUGCAAGUGUUUUAUAACAGAGAAGUGUUGUUUUUAUUUUGUAUUUAAGCCAAAUUAAGAUAAGCUGCAUUCUCAACAACACAUGUGGGAUAUACCCAUGUGCUCACUCAAAACUACUUUUUGUUAUUGUUCAAUCACACUCAAUCAGCUCUUCUAUGUUCUUUGCCAAUCACACUAGGGAAAUCGCUGCAUGCCCCCCCCCCCCCCCAACCCGUCUCAGGUUGCAGGACCGGUGUGCAUGUGCGUGUGAGUGUGUGUUUUUUUUUGUUUUUUUUUUAAAUGUCCAAAAAUAUCCAAAGAUUAUUUUUUAUUGUAUUUAUAUUCUCUGUGGAUUCAACCAGCAGCCAAAGGAAAAGAUAUUGGGGACUCUGGCUCCAUCUCUCUCUCUCUCUCUCUCGCUCUCGUAAGUAUGGAAGUACAGUCAAAAGCUCCAAGUAUCUCUCCUCCCACUUUCUUCUUUUCUCUCUGGCCAGGAGUGCGUUUCUCAAAAGCAUAGCCAGUUAGCAACUUCGGUAGUUGCCAAUGGGGAAUUGCAUUGAAAAACAACAAAGUAGUGGCUGACUACACAUAGUAGUAAUAUUUUAACAACAGAAAAAAAGAUUGGAGAGAAAAAAAAAAACCCAGCUGAAAUGUUUCUUUUUUGACUAUUAUGUUCGAAGAAUCAUGGUGGAAGGUUUAUUUAAGGGCAUCCACGUAAUGUCAGUUUCUCUUGAGAAUGUAACACCUUGGCUUUUUUAGGCAUGAAUGGACUCGUGCGCUGAUGGUUCUCUUGUGUAGUUCUCAAACUAAAAUAAUUGAUUGAUGAAGCCUUAAAUAUAUAUGUAGAGCGAGAGUGUGAGAGAGAGAGUGUGUUGGAGUUUGUAUUUUAAUGCAAGAAUGCUCUUGAAUGCAGCAGGGAGGGACUCUGCAUUAACUGUUUCCCCCUUCCUCUGCUUCAUGUGAUCUCUGUUUCUCCCAUAUUCUUUCUCAAGCUUGAAUACUCCCACCAGAGGAAAUAUACAGAAUAUUUUUCUAGUGUAUGGAAAAGACGAGAACCCCAGGAGAAAUGCAUUAAAAAAAUAAAAAACAAUCAAGAGAAUGUGUCUUUACAGAAUAUAUAGGAUAGAGUUCAAGCUGAAAUCGCAUAGUACAAUCUCUGAGGGAGCUGAAAUAUGUUUGUGUGCAGUUGACCUCAGACAGCCAAUCACAGCUCCCAGUUGCCUCGCCACACCCCGCCCAUGCUGUGAGUGACAGUGCAACUGUCCAGUUGUCUCUUCCCCCCCCUCUUUGCCGAUUUUGUUGUUGGCUGGGUUAGGCAUGCAGUGCCUCACAUAAGUGUGUUCAGUGUCUUUCUUUCUUUAUUUUUUCCUCCUAUUUUUCCUCUUCUUCCUCUUCUUUGUCUUCUUCUUCAUCUGUUGUCCAGCCCUGUCCAGUGCAGCCAAGCCCUCACAACUGGGACAUGCAGAAAGUUUGCCUUUGCCGUAACUCAUCCGUUGAGUGUGCAGCGCGUUGCUCUGAGACCCUGGGAGUGAAACCUAAAGACAAGUUUAUUGUGCCGUAGUACCGGAGCGGUGGGAAGGGAUACCGAGUAGAGGAGAGCAGAAAAGCUCCCAUGAGCUGAGCUGUUGCUCAAGUGAAUGCCAUAAAAUCUCCCACACUAUGUUUUUACCAUUAGAAUCGAAUAGCCUACGUCAUUUCUUACCUCUGAGAAAUUCAGACACUUUGGACCAGGGCGUGCUUGCAAGCAUUGCUUUUGUUUGGAAUAGUUGGAAAUCUCCAAAAAUCGUUAAAAAAGCAAAAAAACAAAAACAAUUAGACAUGACCUAGGCUUUUUCCCAAUGUCCAGUGUUCUAGACUUGCUAGGACGUGAAACGCCUAGUGAUUGGAAACUCUUUGGUGAACUCCGCGAAGUAUCCAAUUACUGGGCGUUUCACGUCCUAGCAAGGCUAGAACACUGGACAUUGGGAAACGGCCAAUGUCUGCAUGUCCCAGCUGUGAGGUAAAAUCUACCGGACAGGAAACAGGAAGUGGCUGUUUUGUCCUUCAUCCUCUCAUUCUGUUAGCCAUCUUCACCGUUGUCGUCGUCAUCAUCAUCAUCAUCACCACACUCCUCUGACUCCCUAUUGAGCAGAUGGAAAAGCUAAUAUUUGGUAGGUUUUUUGUUUGUUUGUUUUACUUUUGUUUUAUUGGGUCUGUUUUUUAUUUUUAAUGUUUCAUUUUAUUUUAAAUCUGUGGGAAAGGAAAGUUAACGAACCCCCAUCUAUCCAUCCAUCCUGUUUGGUCGCAGUCUAGCUACUAUUGUCUUUCAUGUUAAGUCUUUCAAGAAGUGCCUGAAUCCUUGAUCAUUACUCAUCGUUCAUCUAUCUCCUUAUAUACUUAAAAAAUGGAAACAAACCUCUUGUAUUAAUUAGGUUUGUUUUUUUACAAUAAGAAUUUUUACCUCUGUAAAAAAAGCAAAAAAUAUAUAUCAAGUGUAUGAUGUACAUUUUUAUUUCUAUUUUUUUUAAUCGUUUCUAACAUGUAUGAUUGAUGUAGCUCUUGCUUUGAGAAAAAAAACAAACAAACAAAAACAAAAAGAUAAUGAACAAGUACAACAAAAAUGAGUGAAAGUACUCUUGGGGGUGAGUGAGCGUACUCUGUAAAUACAGGUAGACCAUAUCAGAAGAAAGCUGAAGUGUGGCCUGGCCAGUAAGUACUCUUCAUGUGUGUCAUAGGUCCCAAUAAAAAGACAAAAGUGACAGAAACAAACGGUGUUGAAGCUUGAUGUGUUCCCUUUCUCCAUUUUAGACCUUGUUUACAUGUAUAUGGAUAUUUUUUUGUAAUCACAUUUUGGGGCCUCCUGUUAACAGAACUCUACAGAGUUUUCUUUUCUUUACUCUACAGACAUUUCCAUUUUAGGGAGCUGAAAUGCACCUGUCGUGCCAUGUUUAUAUGUCGGCCUAGGCCUAAAUGGAUAAAUAUCUGGCAUUUGGCCCUGUCAUGGCCCAACGGAGGGCCUCUGGGUUGCUGUGGGUUCGAUUCUGGUCUGGGUCAUUUGCCGAUCCUCCCCAAUCUCUCUCUCCCAAUUGCUUCCUGUCGCCGUCUCUAACUGUCCCAUCAAAUAAAGGCAAAAAAUACAUUUAGCCAAGGUUUUAAUGAACCAGUUGAUCCUAAUUACCACAUACCUUCUGCCAGAUAGAUAGAUGAGUUUAUAGGUGGAAUCAGCUGUUAGGUAUUGGGACUAUUGCUUUCUCAAUCCAGUUUGUCUACCCCAGUUCCAGGAUAUAUAACAAAGUUGUAUACAUCCACUCUGCUUGCGAGCAUCCUUAUUUGUCUUUGGAAUUCAUUAUUCUACUUUUUUUCUGCUCCACUAGUAUACAUCCUCCCUGUUCUCCUCGUUGAUCAGUAAGGUGGCCUGCUGAAUAGCCAAAGAUUUUAAUACAGAGCAAGGUAUAUCAUUACAGGGCUGAUAGUAUUCAGGCUCAGUGCCUGAUUUCAGGCUUGACAGAGUUUGACUGCGAGAACAAAAUGUAGUCAGGUUUUUCUUAGUUCAAAAUGAGCUAACGGUUCAGGCCCAGGAUUUUCUUCUACUAUCAGGCCUGUCAUUAAGACACGGUGUGCUCCGAGCCUAGCCUACUGUAGCUACACUCCUGUCGCCAGGAGGCCGAUUUCACUUCCAACUCUGACCCGACAUGGAUGUCAUUUUAGUAUGCCUCAAGUGUAUUUUCCCUCCUGUGACCAUGUGAGCAGACGCGCAAUGAGAACAUGGCGUUUCCUACAUUCGUAUGUAUUAGUUUUUUCCCCCUCACCGACAACUUUGUACAUGCAUAGUAAAAUGCUGGGACUGAUUGCUAGGUUACUUUUUUAUUGUAUUUUUUUAUUGUAUUAUCCUUUUUGAUAGGAAGUUUGUCUACGUCAGUGAAGUCAGCGCAACAUGGAUUGGUUCAAAGUGUUCAAAGUUGCGGGAAAUCGCGGUGAUUGGUUAAAGUUGCGCUCUCGCGCAGAAUUUGCGGGAAUUCAUUGAAGUUGCGAAAAACGACGCGAUCGCAACAUCGCGAUUUCCUGGGGGGACUGAUCAGAGGGUGUGCUCAACUUCUAGAGUAAAAUGAAUGACUCUGGGUGCGCGAAAAAGCUACAAUCUUAAGGAGGAGAAAAAAAUUCCACACAAGAGCCGAGUUUCAUUAUUUAUUCAUCAAUUACCACCAUGUUCACAAGCAGACGUGUUUUGGGCCUUAAGCCGUCAUCAGUAGCCAGGCUGUGCCCUCCUAGUGACGUAACACUUUCAGCAUUGCAACUAGUCAGGUCAAGAGCAAUUCAACUACUUUCUGCGUUCCGGAAAAUAUGGGAAUUCCUCCCACUUUGUCGGUAAGCAAACAAAUAUC